AUGACAGAGUGUUCUUCAGUGUCACCCCAGCUCCAGGAGUCCCAGCAGGACAUGGACAGGGAGUCAAGGCGUUCAGAACAUCACCAACAGCCCAUGACACCGAGACAGUUCCAAGACUGGCGGAAUAGUCUAGGCAAGAGUUCAGCACCAGACCAGGAUAGACUGAAACUGCAAGGUCUUGACCACGGUCCAGCACAAGAAAAGGAAACACUGCCGGGUCUUGACCAGGGUCCAGCACAAAAUGAGGAAACACUGCCGGGUCUAGACAAGGGUCCAGCACAAGACGAGGAGAGACCACAAGGUCUAGACCAGGGUUUAGUGCAAGAUGAGGAAACACUGCAUGAUUUUAACCAGGGUCCAGUACAAGACAAUGAGAGGUUGCAUGGUCUAGACCACGGUGAAGCACAAGACGAGGACACACUGCAUGGUUUUAACCAGGGACCAGCACAAGACCAGGCAAGUCAGAAUUACUUCCAUCAAGUCCAGGACCAGGAUCGUUCACUAGGCUCCAAUAAAUGCACAACGGAAGAACAGGAUCCUUCUCUAAAGGUCUCAGUCCAGGAUGAGGAUCCACCAGGGAACCUGGACUAUCAAUGUAAUGUAGACCUGGAGCAAUGCACAGCUCACAGCUCAGACCAGGGUGAAAACAGGCUAAGUGGUGUGAACCAGGAUCCAGUAUAUCUUGGUCCUGCACAAGAUCACAGCAGCCCUCAUGACAUCCCCAUUCUGGUAUCAGCUGGGAAACAGAACCAAACACAGGAUUCAAACCAUGAUCUAGCUGGUGCAAUGGAUCUACCACACUGCACAGAUCAAAAUCCAACCCCAAAACAGGACCAAGAGAAUCUGCUUGGAUCAGACCAGGAGCAGGCCCUAGUGGACCCAGAUAGGCCACUUAACCCAAACCAGGACCCCACCACAGAUGAGGCUUGUGGGAAUGAUGCGGCAGGGGAACAAGGCGGCUGCAUCCCAGCGGUGGUGAUCACUCAGGCAGAAGAGGUGAGUAAAGAUACAAUACCUGAUAGAAAAUAAUAAUAUGCACUCAUUGAUAUUCAUGGAUUUCAACUGUACUGUUCCACACCACUCUAGACUAGCGCUCUGCCACACGGCGCACACUGCCAAAUGUCUUCUCUUCCUCAACCCCUUUGUUUUCCCAACUCGCUGGUAGCCCUUUCUUCUCCGUAUUUGUUCUUUGUUUAAACGAUGUCUCUGAUCAUGUUCAAAGCCCAGCUUUUCUGACAGCUUUUUCUUUCUCACCCACUCUCUCUUUAUCCUGUUUCAUCAAACCAUUUUUUAUUUCUUCCACACAUCACCAAGCCCUCUAUGUUCAUAUUGUACAUGUUUUUAUAGGUUUAGGGUGGUACUAAGGCAUUCAUGUCCUGGUUCCACACAUCCCAAUGUUGAUUAGAGAUGAUCUGAACUUCCUUAAUAAUAUCUAUUUUUUCUACUGCAGCUGAUUUUCUUAUUCAAGCAAAUGCUUUCUUAAUCACAAAGCCCUCCUUAGUGAAUAGGUUGUGUGUGUUUAGGUAAGGACAUCUCUCUAUCGUCCAUUUUCUAUCCGACCCUCUGUUUUCCAUGUUGAUUCAGUGUGCACUAUUGUCAUUAUACUAUUCUCACCUGCACUUCUGGCAAUAUCUCCACUUUCAAAGAUAAAACUAUAUUAAAUGAGUCCAGGUACUUUUCUUAAGUAGGAAUUCAGCACAGUGGAACAGAAUGUUUAAUCCAAGCCACACAUACUGGAGUUGUACACUGUAGACUACAGUCGUGGUCAAAAGUUUUGAGAAUGACACAAGUAUUGGUCUUCACAAAGUUUGCUGCUUCAGUGUUUUUAGAUAUUUUUGUCAGAUGUUACUAUGGUAUACUGAAGUAUAAUUACAAGCAUUCCAUAAGUGUCAAAGGCUUUUAUUGACAAUUACAUUAAGUUUAUGCAAAGAGUCAAUAUUUGCAGUGUUGACCCUUCUUUUUCAAGACCUCUGCAAUCCGCCCUGGCAUGCUGUCAAUUAACUUCUGGGCCACAUCCUGACUGAUGGCAGCCCGUUCUUGCAUAAUCAAUGCUUGGAGUUUGUCAUAAUUUGUGGGUUUUUGUUUGUUCACCCGCCUCUUGAGGAUUGACCACAAGUUCUCAAUGGGAUUAAGGCCAAAAUGUCAAUGUUUUCAUCCCCGAGCUACUUAGUUAUCACUUUUGCCUUAUGGCAAGGUGCUCCAUCAUGCUGGAAAAUGUGUUGGUACCAUUCUUUAUACAUGGCUGUGUUCUUAGGCAGAAUUGUGAGUGAGCCCACUCCCUUGGCUGAGAAGCAACCCCACACAUGAAUGGUCUCAGGAUGCUUUACUGUUGGCAUGACACAGGACUGAUGGUAGCGCUCACCUUGUCUUCUCCGUACAAGCUUUUUUCCGGAUGCCCCAAACAAUCGGAAAGGGGAUUCAUCAGAGAAAAUGACUUUACCCCAGUCCUCAGCAGUCCAAUCCCUGUACCUUUUGCAGAAUAUUAGUCUGUCCCUGAUGUUUUUCCUGGAGAGAAGUGGCUUCCUCGCUGCCCUUCUUGACACCAGGCCAUCCUCCAAAAGUCUUCGCCUCACUGUGUGUGCAGAUGCACUCACACCUGCCUGCUGCCAUUCCUGAGCAAGCUCUGCACUGGUGGUGCCCCGAUCCCGCAGCUGAAUCAACUUUAGGAGAUGGUCCUGGCGCUUGCUGGACUUUCUUGGGUGCCCUGAAGCCUUCUUCACAACAAUUGAACCUCUCUCCUUGAAGUUCUUGAUGAUCUGAUAAAUGGUUGAUUUAGGUGCAAUCUUACUAGCAGCAAUAUCCUUGCCUGUGAAGCCCUUUUUGUGCAAAGCAAUGAUGACGGCACGUGUUUCCUUGCAGGUAACCAUGGUUAACAGAGGAAGAACAAUGAUUUCAAGUACCACCCUCCUUUUAAAGCUUCAAGUCAGUCUAACUCAAUCAGCAUGACAGAGUGAUCUCCAGCCUUGUCCUCGUCAACACUCUCACCUGUGUUAACGAGAGAAUCGCUGACAUGAUGUCAACUGGUCCUUUUGUGGCAGGGCUGAAAUGCAGUGGAAAUGUUUUUUGGGGAUUAAGUUCAUUUUCAUGGCAAAGAGGGACUUUGCAAUUAAUUGCAAUUCAUCUGAUCACUCUUCAUAACAUUCUGGAGUAUAUGCAAAUUGCCAUCAUAAAAACUGAGGCAGCAGACUUUGUGAAAAUUAAUAUUUAUGUCAUUCUCAAAACUUUUGACCACGACUGUAUAAGAUGCUUUAAGCAGAGGCUGAAGGAUUCCGAGGGGGUAAACAUGUUAGAAUUGAACUCUCUUACAGCCAGCGCUCCUAUGACAGAAUCCAUUUCCCGCUCUCAUGUGUACAUGUUCAGUGAUCCGAACCGCCUCCAAAUAAGUUUCCCUCACAACCUCUUCCUCACACACGGCAGGCAGAGCCGAGGAGCACUUAAACCAAAUUGACUUUACCGAUUUGAAUUAUGAAGAUACCGAUAUCAUGCAUAAAGUUAUUUAUCCCUCUGAAGAAUUGGAAUAAGUAAUUCCCUCAGAUGGCGGUACGGGGGAACUAAUAUGAAUGCAAAUAGGGUUAGCCUCCUGCAUUAGUGUCUGAUAAACAAUUUACAGGCCUCAGUGUUCACUGGGGAAUAAAUACUCUCCUGGCUGCACACACACACACACACACACACACUCUCUCACUCUCUCACUCUCUCUCGCUCUCUCGCUCUCUCGCUCUCUCUCUCUCCUGCACACAUACUCUCCUGCACACACUCUCUCCUGGCUGCACAGGAGGAAAUGGGAAGAUGCCAAUCUGGAGAGAGAGGGUCUGUUCCAGCAUCCCCUCUCUUUAGACAUCCUUAUCUCCAUUAACCCCUUGAGCUCCUGGAAUCAUUAGAACUAGAUCAGACCAUGCUGUUACUUUUUAGCAUGAUGAACUAUAUAGCAUGAAAUAUAAUUUAAGCAUGAAAUACACUAUAUAUACAAAAGUAUGUGGACACCCCUUCAAAUUAGUGGAUUCGGCUAUUUCAGCCACACCCGUUACUGACAGGUGUAUAAAAUCAAACACACAGCCAUGCAAUCCCCAUAGACAAUCUCCCUUCGUUCUAGUGAAGGGAAAUCUUAACGCUACAGCAUAUAAUUCCAUUCAAGAUGAUUCUGUGCUUCCAACUUUGUAGCAACAGUUUGGGGAAGGCCCUUUCCUGUUUCAGCAUGACAAUGCUCCCGUGCACAAAGCAAGGUCCAUACAGAAAUGGUUUGUCGAGAUCAGUGUGGAAGAACUUGAAUGGACUGCACAGAGCCUUGACCUCAACCCCUUCGAACACCUUUGGGAUUAAUUGGAACGCCGUCUGUGAGCCAGGCCUAAUCGCUGAACUUCAGUGCCCGACCUCUCUAAUGCUCUUAUGGCUGAAUGGAAGCAGGUCCCCGCAGCAAUGUUCCAACGUCUAAUGGAGAGCCUUCCCAGAAGAGUGGAGGCUGUUAUAGCAGCAAAGGGGGGACCAACUCCAUAUUAAUGCCCAUGAUUUUGGAAAGAUGUUCAACAAGCAGGUGUCCACAUACUUUUGGUCAUGUAUGAAAAAAGAAAAUGUAUGCACUCACUAACUGUAAGUCACUCUGGAUAAGAGCGUCUGCUAAAUGACUAAAAUGUUAAUGUAGUGUAUCUACAAUUGUCAUUUCUUUUGGAUGUCCUUUUUUUGCCGUCAAAAUUGACUACAAAGUGUAAAUAGGAUGAUUUUGGUCAUAAAGUCAGUUUAGUCUAAAACAGAUAAAUUAAUGUUGGGUUUUGAUUUGACGAUGUCCAUUUGCCCUCUAACAUGCAGUAGCAUAGACAAUGAGACAGACCUGCCCAGCAGCUCCGACUUUGUUUACAUAAGACUACACGUCGCACAUUUUUUACAUCAGAAAUACUACACCAAACACCUUAGUUAUACUGUAUGUAAAAUUGUGCAACUAAAACAUCCUCAGCAAAAACAUACAAAUUAAUUACAGAUUUCCUGAGUUAUCUUACAUUCAUUCUGGGGAUUUUGAGGAAGUGAGAUUCGUUUCAAUGUCUACAGUGUCUCAUGGGGGACAAACAUCAUUAACCAAACGCAGAAUUGGUCAGGAAACACACUUCCAAGACUGAAAUCUCGUAUUUCUAAUGACCAACAUCAAAACACACUUGCCAAUCGGCGUGUUCAGUGGCUCUUUAAACAUUUUCAGAUCAUUUUCCUUAAGGUUUGGUUAAAGUGCUCCUUCAAAUUGUGUUUGGAAUGCCAUAACGUUAGACAUAUGCUUGAUGAAGUGUGUGAUUUGUUUUUACGGCAACCAUUGAAAAAAGUCUCCAUUUAACUUUUUAAGACUCAAGAAGGAGAUAAACAGAGCAACCACAUCUGAGCAAUCAAGUAAAUAAAUAGUGGAAGACCGGAGUAAAGAAUGAUUAUCCAUGGACACUGUGACUUCAGAUAUGACUCUGUGUUUAAUUCGAGCAAGCUACUCAACUUCUGGGGACAAAUAAAAUAUCAGGAGAAAUCAUAUGAGCAGAGAGCUAGCACCUGCUAAGGCACCAAACCCUAAACUGAAGAGAUAUCCCAGUAUCCCUGAUCUUUAUACCCAGAGCAAUAGCAUCUGAUAUCACAAUAAAUGUCAUUCAAUUAUGGUCCCACAAUAGUACUAAAAGUGGGAGCCAUACAAAACAGUGUCAACAUACAUUUCAACAACAGAGGGGAUUAGCAAUAGCCCUGAAAUUGACAUUUAGUUGUCAGAGUGCUCUUCCCUUUUUGUGCUGCUGGCUGUCAAGGCAUAGCAAAUCACUGCUCUCCUUCUAUUGACUUUGAUUGGGCGACAUCGUGUAUGUCAUCUCCUUACCCUCCUUUUGCCUCUUCAUCUCCAUACUGCUCUUCACAUCUAUGGUUUCUUACUGCAUUCACACUUCAUGUGUGUCCUUGUUAAUGGUCUACGUGGUGCUAUUUGUGUAAUGGGGAAACUUUGAUGUAUAGUGUUUGUCAGUCACUGAAACAAUUAGAGUCCCCCCGUGUCAUAUAUGUAGAAAUGUCUCCCAUCUUGUUUUCCUAUUGGCAUUUGUCUUCCCAAUACAAACCCACUUGACCAUUUACAUGCUCUCAGUUGUGAAUUAAAUAGAAUUGAUGUACAUGACGAUAACUCAUAUCUUCACCACAGAUUUCAACAGAAAAGUUCACGAACGUUACUCUUUAACAGUAGGAGGAUAACAUUGUGUUUAUGUACUUGGUCAUUACCUGCCAUGAAAACUAAAUGAGCAAAUGACGAGUACUAUAACACUCUCUCACUCUUUCACCAAAUGUGGAUUUUAUAUCACUGUAUCACUGCAUUGUACUAGCUACAGUAUAUCCCUAUUUAUCCCUAGUUGAAACUCUGAAGGGCCAAGCUUUUAAACCCAACUUUGGUGUCUGCUCCCUACCAGCCACCUGGAAAAUACUUGUGUUUUUCAUGACUUUUAAUCUGAUUAUUAGAUCUGAAUUAAAAUGCAGACAGACGCCAGUCUUUUAAAUGGUGCCUCUUUUCAAAUGGUGUCAUAAUUAUGGAACACAGUGACACUGGAGCACUUAGACAUAAUUAACUGAAAUCAAACUGAUUGGAGCGAUAUCCUCUAUAAUGCCAAUUUUAGUGCAUUUUACGCCAUGAUUGAACAAUGAAUCUGUGUAAUGUGUGUGUGUGUGGGUGUGUGUGUGUGUGUGUGUGUGUGUGUGUGUGUGUGUGUGCUACAGCAUCGUCUGGAUAAUUAGCUCUCAAGGGAUGACAGUCUGAACAGUUAAAGGACAAUCAUAGCACUAUGAGAUGUUAAACUGCUGCCUGCUGCCGCUGUCUUUUACUGCGGCCUAAUUAUUUUCUAUAGGCCAGGCAGGUGCUUAAUUUUGUACCUUCAUAGGAUUGACUAACUUUCACACAAGCAGACGGACUGAUAUUUUGUUGAGUUGUAAACACUCUCUCAUAUGAUAAUUCAGUGGCACACUAAAGCACAUUUGAAAGACAGGGCUCUUAUUGGAAUUGAUGGUGGUAGAUUGUAUCAUGUUGAGUGACGACAGUGGGUCUCUCUCUCUGCAUUGUUUGUUUUUGGUAAAUGAGUUUUGCAUUCAUUCAAGACAAACACAAUUGUGUGGAGAGAGAGAUGAUUAAUUCAGAUUUACAUAGCCUAGCAUCUGGAAUUUAAGUUAAUAUUACAAAGACUUCAAGAUAUCUGAGCAGGAUUAGAAUAGAAGAUAUUGGCCUACAUAUUCUGUCUGCAAAACAGCCCUUGAAGUUCACAAUAUAACCAUAGCUCUCCAUAGCAGUGGAGGCUCCUCAUGGGAGGAAGGGGAGGACCAUCCUCGUCAGUGAAUUUAUUUUAUUUUUUAAAUAGUGAAACAUUAAAAUAGUUAUCAUUUUUAGAUACAACUAUACUAAAUGUAUUCACGUCACCAAAUAAUUGAUUAAAACACACUGUUUUGCAAUUAAGGUCUACAGUAUCCUCAGCAGCACUCUGUAGGGUAGCACCAUUGUGUAGCCGGAGGACAGAUAGCUUCUGUCCUCUUCUGGGUACAUUGACUUCAAUACAAAACCUAGGAGGCUCAUGGUUCUCACCCCCUUCCAUAGACUUACACAGUAAUUAUGACAACUUCCGGAAGACACCCUCCAACCAAUCAGAGCUCUUGCAGCAUGAACUGACAUGUUGUCCACCCAAUCAAAGGAUCAGAGAAUGAAUCUAGUACUGAAAACAUAUGCUACAGCUAGCUAGGACUGCAGUGCAUACAAUGUGGUGAGUAGUUUCUCAAAGACAGAGAAAGAGUUGAACAGUUUUGAACAAAUUAAUUUCUUCCAAAAUUAAGGAGAAGCAAGAGGGAGAGAGAGAGAGAGAGAGAUUUUGCUAUAUUUUGUUGUAUUUUUCUAAUCUUUCACAUUCACUUACUUAGCUAACAAAUGCUGGCUAUGGCUAUCCAACACUGGAACUCUUCCAAGUCAAGGUAAGCUUUUGGUUUUAUUCAUUUAUUGCCACCAGGCCCGCCGGUGCAACUGCUAAACUGCUUUCUGACUGUACACUGUACUGCAUGAUUGUAGCGGGUUUACUAACGCGUUAGUUCUAGUAGCUAUAUUGACUAUGACAUGACAACAAUGUAUGCUGUGUGUAGCGGUUAGCGGUCAUGAUAUGGUUUGGCUUGGAAAGUUUUUUUCGCUUGGUCACAGACAGCUGAUGUGUUGUGCACUGAAGUCCAAAAGUGAAGGAAAAAGGUGAGAGGAGGAGAGCGUGUAGAUAGUUGCGAGAAUAAAUCAUAUAUACAAUGAGCAAAGUGAUCAUGCUGUUUUCAUGUAGCUGCUUUGAAUGUGAACUGGGUUUGCGUAUUCAUUCCGACAAUUCUGUUGGAAAACAUUUCUUAAACGGAAGCAAACAGAACGAAACGGGGAUAAACAAACCUGAAUUUGUACAAUAGAAACUCUAAUUUGCAACUGUUGGACUAAUGAUUACACCCUCGAUCAGCUAGAUGCAGGCAAGAGGACUUCCUGACGGGCCGCCACCAGGUGGUGAAGGUAGGAAACAACAUCUCUGCUUCGCUGAUCCUCAACACUGGGGCCCCACAAGGGUGCGUGCUCAGCCCCCUCCUGUACUCCCUGUUCACCCAUGACUGCAUGGCCAAGCACGCCUCCAACUCAAUCAUCAAGUUUGCAGACGACACAACAGUAGUAGGCUUGAUUACCAACAAUGACGAGACCGCCUACAGGGAGGAGGUGAGGGCUCUGGGAGUGUGGUGCCAGGAAAAUAACCUCUCACUCAACAUCAACAAAACAAAGGCGAUGAUCGUGGACUUCAGGAAACAGCAGAGGGUGCACCCCCCUAUCCACAUCGAUGGGACCGCAGUGGAGAAGGUGGAAAGCUUCAAGUUCCUUGGCGUACACAUCACCGACAAACUGAAAUGGUCCACCCACGCAGACAGGGUGGUGAAGAAGGCGCAACAGAGCCUCUUCAACCUCAGGAGGCUGAAGAAAUUUGGCUUAUCACCUAAAACCCUCAAAAACUUUUACAGAUGCACAAUUGAGAGCAUCCUUUCGGGCUGUAUCACCGCCUGGUACGGCAACUGCACCGGCCACAACCGCAGGGCUCUCCAGAAGGUGGUGCGGUCUGCCAAAUGCAUUACUGGGGGCAAACUACCCGCCCUCCAAGACACAUACAGCACCCGAUGUCACAGGAAGGCCAAAAAGAUCAUCAAGGACAUCAACCACCCGAGCCACUGCCUGUUCACCCCACUAUCAUCCAGAAGGCGAGGUCAGUACAGGUGCAUCAAAGACCGAGAGAAUGAAAAACAGCUUAUUUCUCAAGGCCAUCAGACUGUUAAAUAGCCAUCACUAGCACAUUAGAGGCUGCUGCUGCCUAUUGAAAUCACUGGCCACUUGUCACGAUCGUCGUAAUGAGUGGACCAAGGCGCAGCGUGAAAUGCGUACAUCUUUUAUUGAGUACUAUUACCAAUAACAAAACAACAAAACGAAACGUGAAGUCCUCGGUCAUAAACACAAACCUACACGGAACAAGAUCCCACAAAUGACAAGUGCACAACAGGCUGCCUAAGUAUGGUUCCCAAUCAGAGACAACAAGACACAGCUACCUCCGAUUGGGAACCACCCCGGCCAACACAGAAAUACACGAUCUAGAAAAGAACACAUAGAAAACAAAACAUAGACACUACACAUACAAACUAACACCCUGGCUCAACAUAUAAGAGUCCCCAGAGCCAGGGCGUGACACCACUUUAAGAAAUGGAACACUAGUCACUUUAAUAAUGUUUACACAUCUUGCACUACUCAUCUCAUAUGUAUAUAUUGCAUUCUAUUCUAUAAUAUUCUUCUGUAUCUUAAUCCAUGCCGCUCUGUCAUUGCUUGUCCAAUAAUGUAUAUAUUCCUAAAUCCCAUUCCUUACUUUUUGUGUGUAUUGGGUAUAUGUUGUGAAAUUGUUAGAUAUGACUGCACUGUCGGAGUUAGAAGCACAAGCAUUUUGCUACACCCGCUAUAAGAUCUGCUAAACACGUGUGUGUGACAAAUACAUUUUGAUUUGAUUUGAUUUGAAGAGUGUGCAAAGCGGUUUUGAAUGUGUCACUGUCUGUCACCUUGAUUACUCAAAAUAUUCUCGACAUGUGCCCCUACGUUGUAAACUUUCAUUCAUAGGCUAGGUUGUAGUAACCUCAUCAUGGGUAUAGGGAAAAUUGAAUACAUGUAGUAGUCUAACCUAUCGAUGUUACACUGAGUUUGGUGAAUGGAAUAUGACUGACUGUCAUCCAAAAAGCUGUAAUAGAAACACAUAGAAACACAUGCAAUAUUCAAAACUUUUUGUUUCUAUGUACCGUCCCAUCUAUGGCGCAGUGGCGGCGGUCAGUGCCGUUUAAGAUGAGAUGACGGAGGAUUAUUAUUAUUAAAAUUUUUGUAUGAGCAUGUCCUUAUCAAAUCAAGUCAAAUCAAAUUGUAUUUGUCACAUUUCACGGUAAGGUUCACCUGUUGUAUUCGGCGCAAGUGACAAUUUUUAUUUUAUUUUAUGUGAUAAGUCGAUGCUCAUAAAACGUUUUAUCAUCCUCCGUCAUCUUAAACGGCACUGAUUGCCACUGCUCCAUAGAUAGGACGGUACUUAAAAACAAAAAGUUUGGAAUAUUGCAUCCAAGUGUGUGUGUGUGUGCAUGUGUGUUUCCCAAUUGACAGUAAUGUAUUUUCUCCUGUGUGUUGUCAGAGCCGGGGACCAGUGGUGAAUCAACGUGGAGAGACAGCGCCAGAGGUAACUGAGAGAGUGGAGGCUGAGCCACUGUGGCCACAGACACCAGCAGAGAGGCCAGAGAUACCAGCAGGACCAGAGAGACCACAAGAACUAGCAAUGGCAGCCAUGAUUCCAGUGACCACUUUAGACCUCAGCCCCAGCCCUCUCAGUGCAGACCUCAGUCUCAGCGACGGGGGAGACCUACUGGCCUGCUGUGAUCUGCUGUCCCUGAAGAGUGACACUGUGUCCCUGGCCAGGGUAAGUGAU